AUGUUGUGUCAUCCGUUUCUUCUCGUGUACACCGCCCGGACAGCCAAGUACUUACCCUACCUGGAUGCCAAAGCUAGCGGAGGCGGUUCCUAUUCCAAGGGAUGUUGCUCGGACGCUAGCUGCAACGACGGAACAGGCGAUGUGAAGACAGUCCAGUCGUUGCAACACUGGAAGGAUUUGAAACGGACGGAGCCUCUCUUGGUGGUCGACUUCACGGCGUCGUGGUGUAAGCCGUGCCGAGCGAUGGCCCCCAUUUUCGAGGGCUUGGCGAAGGAGAACAAAGGCGCCGCCGCGGUGUUCGCGAAGGUGGACAUCGACAACCUCCCGGAAACCUUCGACGGAACGAGCAUCCCUGCCUUUUACGUGUUUAAGAAUGGUGUCAAGGUGGACAGUGUCACAGGGUCUGGGGAGAGCAAGCUUCGAAAACUGGUGGCGGACCACGUGGGACAACAACAAGAGGACGGCAGCGGCGCGUCUCCUCCAGACGACAAGAAGGUCCAGUAG